AUGGACGUGGACAGCACCAGCACCAGUACCAGUUGUGAGUUCUUCCUCUCUGACGAGGACUCCUCCUCCUCCUCCUCCUCCUCCUCCUCCCUCAGCAGCCCGCGCUGCGCGUCCCCGCGGCCCUCUCAGCAGCCGAAGCGUCGCCGCGGCCGCGCUCGUGCGUCGGGCCGCGUGCCCGUGAAGAGGAACCGGCGCGUGAAGGCCAACGACCGCGAGCGCAGCCGCAUGCACGGGCUGAACGCCGCGCUGGACGCGCUGCGCGCGGCGCUGCCCGCGCUGCCCGACGACACCAAGCUCACCAAGAUAGAGACGCUGCGGCUCGCUCACAACUACAUCUGGGCCCUGGCGCACAGCCUGCGCGGGCCCGACGCCAAGGCACGCGGGGACGCGCACGGACACGACAGAGACGACAGAGACGCAGCCUCCGACUGGAGCUGCUCCUCCUCCUCCUCCUCCUCAUCCUCCUCCUCCCCGGACUACUGCGCCUCCAGCCCGGGCAGCCCGGACCGCACAGACGGGUGCGGGUAUCGACCCCACGACGCGCUGUUCGGCUUCCGAAGCUUCGUGCCGGGAGUCUACUGA